UGGGCGGGCAUUCUAGGUGGCGCUAAGAACAGGUUUUUUCAAAACAAAAUUUUGAGUGCAGUAUAGUAAUUUGGAAUCCGCUAGAAUAGUUGACCUUUGCAAUUUCGGGUCACUUGUAUUACUGUAACUUUUAAAAGAAAUUUCUCUCAACAAACGUACCUACUUUUUCUUUAAAGACAUUUGUUCCAGAAUGGCUGAGUUGAUCAGCCCCCUUCUUGUAAUGUCUGUGAUAUCUUACGUUGGUGGGGCGAGUAUUAGCCAAGUUGCAUCUUCGUCUUCUUUCUUGAAUCAAGAACAUCCCGUGAAAUCUCACACAAUUCCGGAUUUGGCAAUUGGCCUGUGGAGUGAGGUACAUGAUAGUGUUAGUAUGGCAUGGGAUAAAUUAAAGGCAGCUACCGGGAUGCAAGAUAAGGAGAUUGCAAACAGCAUAGACCAGGGUUCCAAAAUAGCACAAGCUGCUGAAACUUUUCCUGCCUCUCGUCAUGUGGAGGAUAAACCAAUCAUAAAUCACGCUAAUCAUUUUCAAACAACACCCACAACAAUUGAUGAAACUAAAAGUGGUGAAUGUGAAGAAUCCACUUGUUGGACUUGGAGAAUGCUGAAAAUUGUUGGUAUUGCCGUUGGUGCUGGUUUUAUCUUCAGCCUUUUCUCACCAGUUUUAUUUUACUUCAUAAUACUUAAUAUUGGAUACCUCAUUUAUGGAAUUACAUUUCUGCUUAUGGCAGCAAGGUGCAAGGCAGACAAAGGAAGCCAGAUUGGAGAGAAGUUAUGUACAACAUGUCAAGAUAUUGCCGGAUCUUCUUUGCAAAACUUGUUUUCGCCUUUUCCGCUUUUUCUUGCAUGGGUGAGCUCUGGCUGCCUCGUGGGUUGGCUCGUGUGGCCUUUAUACUGAGAGCUUGGAAAGCCAAAUCUUUUAUACCUGAUUUCCACGUAUUUAUCUGAUUCGCAUUUUUUUUUUUCUCCUUUUAAAGAUCUAUGUAAAAACUGCCGUUAACCAAAUAUUUAUUAAUUAACUUGAAAACAAACUAAA